AUGCCACUGCCGUCGCGCGCCGUCCUGCCAUCGCCCAUCGUCGCCUCGAAAGUGGCACCCAAGAGAAGCAAAGUUGCGGCGAUGACAGCGGCCAAGAGAACUAGAGGCGCGCCCCGCUCGCCGAAGAAGGUUCCUCGGGUGGAUGCAGCGGCCAAGAAGUCGAACAACGCGCCCCGCUUGCCUGCGAAGGUUCUUCAGAAGUCCACCAUGGAUGCGGCGCGCCGGCAACUGCGAUUCGCGUGCGGCGAUGCCGUCGAGGUGCGCUACAGGUUAUUCUCGAACGUCGUCUUCUCCGGCAACAGGCAGCUGGUGAUCUACCUCCGCGCCAAGGUACUCUCCGUCUCGGUCGGCACCGAGUCCUACCUCGUCGAGUACCCCGCCAUCAACAGCAAACCCAGCCGUGUCGCACGAGUGCCAUCAUGGGACAUCCGCGAGCCCCGUCACGCUCCACCGCAGGCGCACCCGGCCGCUGACGCUGCACGGCCGGCCAGUUCCAAGAGACCACCACCGCCGGAGCGGACUGACCGCGGCGAUGAUUGUUGCAAGAAGGCGAAGAGGGUCGGCAAAGGGAUCCCGAUGGACGCGCUGUGCCGAUUCUACGAGGAGCACGACCCAGAGUUUGCGUCGGAGCUGCGCCGCAGGAUGAUCGCGAAGAGGAUCUGCGGGACAGGAGGCCGGAGCACAAGAUCCUCAAGUGACCAUCAUUUCUCUGGAAGUGCAUCAAAUCAAGUUGUUCCCUACAAGAAUGUCCAUGGCGAAAACAACUUACCUGGGUUGUCUAAAAAAAGAAAAUUCAUUAUCAGUACAUAUUCUGUGCAAUGUAGUAUUUGCCAGAAAUGGAGAGUUGUACCAUCCAAACUGAAAUAUGAGCAAAUCCGAGAGAAUAUUAUACAAGUUCCUUUUUCUUGCAAAUAUGUCCAUGGGUGGAAGCCACAAGUUACAUGCCAUGAUCCAAUUGAUAUAUCUGAGGAUAAUGGCAUGGCAUGGGCAAUUGAUAUCCCAUGCAUCCCUCAGAUCCCUCUUGGGUGGGAAAGGAAUAUUACUCUAAGGAAUGAACAGAGCACGAGAUUCGCUGAUGUGUACUAUAUCUCUCCCGCAGGCAUAAAAAUAAGAUCCAAGAAAGAGGUCGGAAGGUAUCUUGAAGACAACCCAAACUGUGCUGUCGAUUUACAUUUAUCUCAGUUUUCGUUCAAGGUACCUAAACCUCCAAAUUGCCCUUGCCAGUCAAAGCUUAUUGAACCAACUGAAGUGCCACCUCCGGUUCACGAGGAUCCCGUGCACAACUACAUGUCGGUCCCUCAUGGAGAAGCCAAUCCUGUAACUCACAUACCAGUGACACUGGAUCUACAAGUAUCAGUGAUGCUCUCCAAAAAGAGAAAACUAAACCAGUGA